UUGAAUUAUGAACGGAGGUUCGCGCGUCAUUCAUGGGUAGUCCGUUUUAUCUCGUCUUCGCUUUCCUCUUAGUACCUCCAGAAGAACCCUUCCACGGUGUGGGCGACCGGGAAGUGAUAACCGCCCUCAUGCUUCUAACAGCACUAAAAAGACUUAGAUUUGUUCGCAGGUACAAACCACCUGGUUGGGGUCCGCGUGAUUAUCGUAACUGGUGGUUAGAGAAUUUGAAUUAUAUGGCUCAAAAUCAUUUGGGACGGCGCAGGAAGUGUAAAACUAGUAUGCCAGUUUCGUGUUGCAGAUGUCAGUCAAAGGGUUAUAUUAAACGCCCGAAAACCAGUGAUAUUAUGUGUAAAGAAUGUUUUUCUUGGUGUUUCGAAGAAGAAAUACAUUGGACAAUUGUACAUGCCAAGCUUAUUAGUCGUGGUGAUAAAAUUGCUAUUGGUGCCUCCGGUGGUAAAGAUUCUACCGUAUUAGCUUAUAUACUAAACUUGUUAAAUAAAAGAUAUGACUAUGGAGCGGAAUUGCUUCUUUUAUCUAUUGAUGAAGGUAUAAGUGGAUAUAGAGAUGAUUCAUUAAUGACUGUUCAGCGAAAUCAGAUCCAAUAUGGACUUCCGUUAAAAAUUCUUUCCUAUCAGGAUUUGUACGGAUGGUCAAUGGAUGAUAUUGUGAAGCAUAUUGGGAAUAAACGAAAUUGUACUUACUGUGGGAUAUUUCGCCGUCAGGCUUUGGACAAAGGUGCACUACUUCUGGGAGCUAACAAAAUAUGUACUGGUCAUAACGCUGAUGAUAUUGCAGAGACAGUGUUAAUGAAUAUUCUACGAGGUGAUAUUGGUCGAUUAAAACGAUGUACAGCUAUAAUGACAGGUACAGAUGAUAUACUUCCUCGUUUUAAACCUUUUAAAUAUGCUUACGAAAAGGAGAUUGUUAUGUAUGCACAUAUGCAUAAACUGGAUUAUUUUUCAACUGAAUGUAAAUACGCACCACAAGCUUAUCGAGGGCAUGUAAGAACGUUUAUCAAGGAUUUGGAGAGAAUACGACCUAGGGCUAUCAUAGAUAUUAUAGCAUCCGGUGAACGUAUGGCUAUUCGAAGUGAUGUAAAGAUGCCUCAGAAAAGUGUUUGUGAAAAGUGUGGAUGCAUUUCAAGUCAGCCUAUAUGUCAGGCAUGCAUUCUCCUAGAACAGCUUAAUUCCGGUUUACCACAGAUAACCAUAAAAGAUACCGAACAGCAUUCUCAAAUUGACUAGUCGGGCGAUAUCAAUUUUUCUAGAGAUUUUAUAUUAUAUAUCAGAUAUUGUAAAUAUAUUCCUAUUCGGAUAGUGGUUCUUACAAGUGGAAAUUCUUACUUUAAGUGUCAAAUUGGUGUUGUAUGUUUUGAAUUUUUCAUGUAUACAGUGAUGGAAGUAAAUACUGUUAUGUUGCAAGUAUUCUUGAACAAAUUGAUUGUUCC